GAAAAUUUUCAAAUUGAUAAGUGGAGCAAGCCAAAAAUCGGUUUAGAAACUGAAGUGUUUCAAAACAAUAGUCAACCAUUAAAUACCACUUUUUGGUGGCCAAAUAUAUUUUCUGGAAAUUCUUCAAUAGAGAGUGUCUAUUUGAUUACUAUAACUGUAAAAAAGCUUCAAUAUAGCAACACUGGUGUGCUAGGUUUAAUUAGUGAAAACAUUUUUAAUGUUGAGGAGCAUUUUGUUUGUUCCAAUAUGGGGGACUUUAUAUAUGCAUAUGAUAGUGGAAUUGAGUUUCAAUUGAAUAUUUAUCCAAUCAAUUACAUUGGAUUUGAUGAUACAUUCCCAUUAUCUUCAAAAUUUGCAAGUUUUUCAAAUGAUGGUGUUUUAACAAAUCUUACAGUUAAUCAACCUUUUUAUGAAUUCUCUGGUAAUGUUAUAAGAAUAGGGUAUAAUGUACAAUGGGCCUAUCCAGAUGGUUUUGAAAUUAUUUGCAAAGAAAUCGAUUUAUAUACCGAGGUUAAUGACAAAUGUAUAUUUAUGAUUAAACUUUUAGUUGAUCUAAAUCCUGUCACAACAAGAUUAAGUGCUAAGAAUAAAGAUGUUUAUUUCCCAAACACAGAAAAGGAUUAUCUUGUUUAUUGCAGCCUUUCUAUUAAGGCACAACCAAGACUAGGAAUAUGCAGUACAGGUGUAAUAACUACAUUACAAGUUCCUUAUCCAGGUUGUUCAAAUAUUCCUAAAUAUGCACAAGAAUAUUGUGAUAAGUCUUCAAACCCUUAUCCUGGACCAAUAAACCAAACUUCUAACAUUGUAUUAUACUAUGUGAAGAUGUUGGAUAGUAAUUCUACUCGUCCAUUUUACAAUGUUACAGUAUCAUGGAAUCCAACUCAACCUUUAGUCCCAAUAGCAAAGUAUCAAAUUGCAUACGGACUGUUUUCAAACUGGUCAAGUAGACCUAUACCUCAGGAGCAAUAUACUAUUAUCACACUUUCGAAUUCUACUUUAUCUUAUUGUUUCACUAAUUUAACUCCUGGAUACAUUUUUGCUUAUCAUAUUGGUUUGGGUACAUUUUCUUUAAUAAAUACAUUUACGCCAACAAAUUCUGAUAAAUAUUCAACAAUAUAUUUGCCUGAACUUUAUGUUCCAACACAACCUUUGUUUACUACACAAGCUUCAGUUCCACAAGCUUCUGGAGAUCACAAAACAUCUAUUAUCAUUGCAGCAAUAUUAGCUCCUGUUUCAAUUUGCUUUUUAUUUGUUACUGUUGUCCUGAUAAUAAUCUAUAGAAAAAAAAUUAAAUCUGGAAAAAAGAUUUGGGACUCAGAUCAAUAUACAAUGGAAAACUACCUUGCUGUGGAUCUUCCAGUAGAUGAAUGGGAGAUUUUUCCUGAAAAUAUCACUUUAGAUAAGAAAAUAGGUGAAGGUGCAUUUGGUACAGUUUUCAUUGCAAAAGUUAGUUCUCAAGUUGUUGCUAAAUCAAAGUAUGCAAGACAACAAUCUGGAACUGCUUUAUUUGAUAAAAAGGAAGACUCUUUUAUAAAUGUUGCAGUUAAACUUUUAAAAGAUGGUGCCAAUAGUUCAGAACUAGAUGAUUUUCGUGAAGAAAUUGAUUUAAUGAAAUCAAUUGGAUAUCAUAAGAAUAUUGUUAACAUGAUUGGUUGUUCAACAGUUAAGAAACCUUUAUGUUUAAUUGUUGAGUAUAUGGAGAAUGGAGAUUUGUUGCAUUUUUUACGAAAUAGGCGCACUAAGCUUUGUGCUUCAAAAAUUGACGGUGACUUAUCUUCAAACUUUAUGUAUACACAAAGAUAUCAACAAUCUCUUGAGACAACAACAAGUGAGACAUCUACAACAGGGUUAAUGCCAAAUGAGAUUCCCUUAGAUGAAAUUGGAGUGAUAACACCUGAUGAUUUACUCAGUUUCGCAUGGCAAGUAGCAUCAGGAAUGGAAUAUCUUUCGUGUAUCAAGCUAGUACAUCGAGAUCUUGCUGCUAGAAAUAUCUUGAUUGGUGCUGAAAAGAAUAUAAAGAUAUCAGAUUUUGGUUUGACUCGAAAAGUCAAUGACGAAUUAAAUUACAUGAGCAAAAAAAGUCGUCGUUUGCCGGUCAAGUGGAUGUCAGUUGAAGCCAUAUUUGAUCAAAUGUUUACAUCAAGUAGUGACGUAUGGUCGUAUGGCGUAGUUUUAUUUGAAAUUGUUACUUUGGGAGGUACACCUUAUCCUACUAUAAGUAAUCGUGAACUUUUGACUCUUCUGAAGACUGGCUACAGAAUGGAACGACCAGAAAAUUGUUCUGAACCUAUGUAUGACAUUAUGUUACACUGCUGGAAUGAGGAUCCAUUACAGCGACCAACUUUUACAGAGCUGCGUGAACAUCUAGAAGAAAUAAUAUCUCAAGGUGAUCGUUAUCUCAACUUUGAUAUUGAUGAAGAAAAUACUUAUUACAACGCUGCUUCCUUUAAUAGCCUCAGCUCUGAAACAGGUGACGACGUCUUGGAAGAUGAGAUAUUCAAUAAACCUGUUCAAGUAAAAUCAAUUGAACAAAUGAAACCAAUUGUUGAUGAAUCUAGUUUACCGAAUAAUGAGAGAUAUACAAAUACAGAAACUUUAAAACAUUCAGUUAAUACUUUGCGCUCUGCGAGUAUACAUAGUUUAGAAUUGGAUAAGUUGCCGGUGUAGUUCUAUGUAAUGUGUAUAUAUAUAUAUAUAUAUAUAU